CGCGCCCCGCCCCUGCCGCAGCUCGCAGGCCCGCCCCGGCCCGCCCCUCCGCGCUCCUCUAGCGGCGGCAGCGCGGAGCCGGUGUCCCCAAGCCGGGCGUGGGAGUGCAGCGCGGCGGCAUCGCCGAGCUCGGAGCGGAGCGCUCGGCUCCGGCCCCGCGCUCCCCGCCUCCCGCCUUUCCGGGCCGGCGGCGGGCGAGCUCGCGGGCCCGGCCCCAGCUCUCCGGUGCCCCGCCGGUUGCCGGCGGUCCCCGCCCCCCGCCGAGUGCAUGAGGUUGACGCUACUUUGUUGCACCUGGAGGGAAGAACGUAUGGGAGAGGAAGGAAGUGAGUUGCCUGUGUGUGCGAGCUGCGGCCAGAAGAUCUAUGACGGCCAGUACCUCCAGGCCCUGAACGCUGACUGGCAUGCAGACUGCUUCAGGUGCUGUGAGUGCAGCGCCUCCCUUUCACACCAGUACUAUGAGAAGGACGGACAGCUCUUCUGUAAGAAGGACUACUGGGCCCGCUACGGCGAGUCUUGCCAUGGGUGCUCCGAACACAUCACCAAAGGGCUGGUCAUGGUGGCCGGGGAGCUGAAGUACCACCCCGAGUGCUUCAUCUGCCUCACCUGUGGCACCUUCAUCGGCGAUGGGGACACCUACACCCUGGUGGAGCACUCUAAGCUGUACUGCGGCCACUGCUACUACCAGACUGUGGUAACUCCAGUCAUUGAACAGAUCCUGCCCGACUCGCCCGGCUCCCACCUGCCCCACACAGUCACCCUAGUGUCCAUCCCAGCCUCUGCUCACGGCAAGCGAGGCCUGUCUGUCUCCAUCGACCCCCCUCAUGGCCCACCAGGCUGUGGCACGGAGCACUCACACACCGUCCGAGUCCAAGGGGUGGACCCUGGCUGCAUGAGCCCAGAUGUGAAGAAUUCCAUCCACGUCGGAGACCGCAUCUUGGAAAUCAAUGGCACGCCCAUCCGGAAUGUGCCGCUGGACGAGAUCGACCUGCUGAUCCAGGAGACCAGCCGCCUGCUCCAGCUGACCCUUGAGCACGACCCCCAUGACUUACUGGGCCACGGGCCAGGGUCGGAGCCCAGCCCCCUGCCCUCCCCCGUGCAUGCGCCCAGCGGCCAGGCAGGCAGCUCUGCCCGCCCGAAACCUGUCUUGAGGAGCUGCAGUAUUGACACGUCCCCGGGGGCCAGCUCACCAGCCUCCCAGCGCAAGGACCUGGGGCGCUCCGAAUCCCUCCGAGUGGUCUGCCGACCACACCGCAUCUUCCGGCCAUCUGACCUCAUCCAUGGGGAGGUGUUGGGCAAGGGCUGUUUCGGCCAGGCCAUCAAGGUGACACACCGAGAAACAGGCGAGGUGAUGGUGAUGAAGGAGCUCAUCCGCUUUGACGAGGAGACCCAGAGGACGUUCCUCAAGGAGGUAAAGGUCAUGCGGUGCCUGGAGCACCCGAACGUGCUCAAGUUCAUCGGUGUGCUGUACAAGGACAAGCGACUGAACUUCAUCACAGAGUACAUUAAGGGUGGCACCCUGCGGGGCAUCAUCAAGAGCAUGGACAGCCAGUACCCGUGGAGUCAGAGGGUCAGCUUCGCCAAGGACAUUGCAUCAGGGAUGGCCUACCUCCAUUCGAUGAACAUCAUCCACCGAGACCUCAACUCCCACAACUGUCUGGUCCGUGAGGUGAGCAGUGGAGGCUGGGGCGGCAGGGCCUCAUGGAGCUCGAGGUCGGGUGAGCAGCGCAAGAGCAAGAGCCCGGAGGACCUGGGUUGCAGUCCUGGCUCGGCCAUUUGUAACAUGGCGCCUGCCCUCAGCCCUACCAGCAGCGUAAGGCUUUACCAGACGGGUAAAGGGAAAACUGACUCCAAGUGUAAAGCCCCAGCUUCCAGUGCAGCCGUGACAGAAGCCACCUCUAGUAGAGGUAGCACAGGCUACCCAGGCAGCACCAACAGCUGAAGUCAGUGUGUGGGC